AACGUGCUGCACGUGAUGACGUACGACAAAAUGCCCUCCAGGACGAACAAAACUGUCAAAAAGUAUGUGAAUCACGUGACUGUAGCGCCGUCACCACGACUGAUGAUGUCUUCGUCCGUUGGGGGUGUAGAUCUGGAGACUUCAUUGUUGAGUUUUGAGAAGCUGGAUCGAGCUUCCCCUGACUUGUGGCCUGAGCAACUCCCUGGAGUUGCCGAGUUUGCUGCUUCAUUUAAAAGUCCAAUCACAGCAUCCCCACCAAAGUGGAUGGCAGAGCUGGAAACUGAUGACAUAGAUAUGUUAAAAGAGCUUGGAAGUCUCACUACAGCUAACUUGAUGGAGAAGGUUCGAGGACUACAGAACCUUGCUUAUCAGUUGGGAUUAGAUGAGUCCAGAGAAAUGACUCGAGGGAAGUUCCUUAAUAUCCUAGAAAAACCCAAGAAGUAGCUUUGGCAUCAUACAACCAGCUUUGCAUGGAUGGACAUACUUGCUUUGGACUAUGAGAAACUGGUCAUUCGAAAGUGCCAGUUGCUUUUGACCAGUUUGUCAGCAUAUAGCAGCUCCAGAAACGCUCAACAAUAUGUUCGCAAGUUCAUGUCUUUGAUAUUUGUCUCUAUUUCCACCACAAAACCAAAGUGUUAUUUCCAGAUUUAUUUUUCCUCCUUUGUCUUUGUAUUUAGUUUUAUUUAAAAUAUAUUUUAAAAUUGUGCAGCUUGAAGUGAUGUUUUUAUCAUUCUUCUUAAUGUGCAGCUCCUUAAAGAGUGUGUGCAUAACAUUAAUAGUAGAAAACAUUUCAAAUCUACAGCAUGUACAACAGUGCUGAAGGUUGAAACAAUACUUGGUUUGUUUCUUCUAUUAUUUAACAGUGGAUUUUGCAUUUGAAUAAAUAUAAGUCGACAGCCUGAUUAUAAUAGAUUUAAACUUCAGAAAGAUGCAUUGCUGAAGAUUUUCUGUUUCUACUGUUGUAUUUGUCCAGAUUUUAAUUUACAAAAUUGCAUAAUGCUGUGUGGGGGCAACUAACCUAGCAGCAAUAAAACAGUUAUUCUUGUAAAAAUCA